AUGGCUCCUCCUCCUCUGCCUCGCCCACUUCUCCUCUGUUUUCUCAUCCUCCUCUGCCUCACCAUCCCCGCCUUAGCCCACAGUGGCCACCCCGACGAAAACGACAACGAACCCGCCACAGACAACAUCGAACCCGCCACAGACCUUCGUUCAAAGCCUCUGAUACUGGCCAAGAUUUGGUGUCUGAUUAUAAUCUUUGUUGCGACCUUCAUACCUGGAGUUUCGCCUUGCUUUUUCAAGUGGUCUGAAUGGUUCUUGGUUUUGGGUACGCAGUUUGCUGGGGGUGUGUUUCUGGGUACGGCUCUGAUGCACUUUCUGAGUGAUGCCGAUGAGACUUUCAAGGACUUGACUAAAAAAGAGUACCCUUUUGCAUUUAUGUUGGCUUGUGGGGGGUUCUUGCUCACCAUGCUUGCUGAUUGUGUGAUUUCGUAUGUUUUGGAGAAGAACGAAGGUGGUGGGUCUGCUCCCGAUCUUGAGCUGCAAGGGAGUGCUGAGCAGGGAAAGCGUGGUCAAAAUGGCAAUGAGAGCCAAGUGGCUGUUGCAAAUGUUAGCUCACUUGGGGAUAGCAUCUUGUUGAUUGUAGCAUUGUGUUUCCACUCCGUCUUUGAGGGCAUUGCAAUUGGAGUCGCUGACACUAAAGCCGAUGCUUGGAAAGCCUUAUGGACAAUUUCUCUGCACAAGGUAUUUGCAGCCAUUGCCAUGGGCAUUGCUCUCCUUCGAAUGAUGCCUAACCGUCCCUUCUUAUCGUGCGCUGCCUAUGCUUUUGCAUUCGCUAUAUCAAGUCCUAUCGGUGUGGCCAUCGGAAUCCUAAUAGAUGCGACAACCCAAGGAGCUGUGGCAGAUUGGAUAUUUGCGAUUUCAAUGGGUGUAGCAUGUGGAGUGUUCAUCUAUGUAGCAGUAAACCAUCUAUUAGCGAAAGGUUAUAAACCCGACAAAGCAGUUUCCAUCGACAAACCCCAUUACAAGUUUUUGGCAGUUUUGUUGGGUGUCGGGGUAAUAGCUGUCGUGAUGAUUUGGGACACUUGA